AUGGCAAACAAUCCAAACAGGCGCAGCCUUGGGGUCUUCAACAUCGAUGAGGCCUCUCUGGCCAACUUCGACUUCACCUUCACCGAGACUCUGACAAGUAACGAGCCUGUAAGCUCCUUAGACACACAAUCCGUGACAGAAAGCGUUCUCCUCUCCCGUGAAGAGAAUGGGCGAACCUACCAUGCCUACAGAGAAGGAGCAUACUGGUUCCCCAACGACGAAGAAGAGGUAGAACGACUGCGCGUCAUGCACGAGAUUAUAAGAAGAGCAAUGGGCGACGUGAACGGAUACGCUCCCUGGACCCAGACAAACUACCCUCGGCGUGUCCUCGACGUGGGCACCGGGACGGGAGAAUGGUGUUUCGACUUUGCCGAAGAGUUCCCGCAGACAGAGCUCAUCAUCGGCACCGACCUGUCCCAGAUCCAACCGCCAGAGACGCCACCCAACGUCGUCUUCUGCAUCGACGACUCCUCUCAGGAGUGGCUCGACACCGACCUCGACUACGUACACACGCGCUGUACCAAUGGGUGCUGGGAGGACAUCUUCAGCCAGAUCAUCCAGCAGGCCUUUGACAAGCUGAACCCCGGCGGCUGGCUCGAGUGCCAGGAGCCUGACAUGGAGCUGCACUGCGACGACGGGACCAUGCCUGAGAACCACGCCCUCCAGCAGUGGGUGGAAGAGCUCUACCGCCUGAGCCGCAUAGCGGGCAAGCCCAUCGAUAAUGCGCGGCGGCUGAAGGGUUGGUUCGAGGAGGCUGGGUUCGAGAAUGUUGAGGAGAGGGUCUUCAAAGUCCCCACGUGCGCCUGGCCAGAGGAGAGAAACCAGAGGGAGCUCGGUUUCUGGAUGGAAGAGAUGCUCUCCAGUCACGUCUCGGGCAUCAGCAGGGCGUACCAGUCGCGGGUGAACGGAAUCUCUGUCGAGGAGCACGAGCUAUCGUUGAUUCCUGUCCGGACAGCGCUCAGGAACAGAAAUGCACAUACUUAUAUGCGCCUUCACGUCGUAACGGGUCGAAAGCCGGGUCUCAACAAUAAUGACCGAUAUAGACUUAACAUACCGGAGGCAGAGGAGACAUGA